ACUGACGCACUGACUGCUGAAAAAUAUUGACCAUCGACCUCCGGUCUCGGAGGGGAGUGAUGUGGCGGCGACAUCUAUAUGCCCCACAUAUAUACAACGGAUGUAGGAAAUCAUUACUCACCAUCCUCAAGAGAUGGCGUUACCUGCACUGCGAUCAAUAUUAGAAUGGAAGCCUACAUCGCGCAAAUGAAAUUCGGAGGCUAACUCUACAUAUAUACGAUGCCCGACCAACAUCAGUCGGAUCGCGGCCCCCGAGCUACCAUCAUCCAGCUCGGAGGAAGAUCUUCUCCUUUGGCCUUCCAACAUAUGAACUAUUCCAAUCAUUCCAACAGGUCUAAAAAUCGUCCCUUUUCAGAUUCCGAAUCGUCCGAAAUACGACGCAGCAAUCAUCUGCAAUCCUCUCUCCUUGUCUUGCCUUCCCAUAAAAAGCUAAAUAUGUCUAAAUCAGUCGCUCGGUUAAAGUCUAUGAAGAAAGUGGCUGAAAAAAUAGAUCAUAGCUCAAAGUUAAGAACUAAUAUUCCAGCUGGUAUGGCUGCUGCUGGCCCUCCUUUAGGCCCUAUGCUCGGACAGAGGAACAUAAAUAUAGCAGCAUUUUGUAAAGAUUUCAAUGAACGUACAGCCAAUAUCAAACCAGGGAUACCACUACCAACUAGAGUGAAAGUAAAUUCUGAUCGCUCAUAUGAACUUGUUAUUCAUCAACCACCAGCUUCUUAUUUCCUAAUGCAGGCUGCUGGUGUUAAUAGAGGUGCUAUGGAACCUGUUAAAGAGAUAUGUGGAAAGAUAACACUGAAGCACUUAUAUGAAAUAGCUAAAAUCAAAUCGCAAGAUCCAACACUUGAAUGGAAGCCUUUGAAGGAAAUAUGUGUAAUGCUUUUAGCAACUGCAAGGACAUGUGGAAUACAAGUAGUCAAGGAGUUGGAUGCCAAGGAAUAUGCUGAAUUUUUGGAGGAAAGAAAAACAACAGUAGAAGAACAAAAGAAACUGUUACAAGAAAAACGAGAAGCAAAGAUGCUAAGGACAGCGUAG